AUGCUAAGGCUGUGGAUUGGCCGAGCCGGUCGCGCACCGCAUGCGAUCUGCUCCCGUGCCGUUCCCGCGCAUUCUUGCCGCGAGCCGCGAGGUGAACAACCGGCGCGCACGUCGUCGUCCUUGGAGCCGCGUGCUCCUUUCUACACAGCCUCCAUCAACCAAGGGUUACCACAUUUCCGUUGGAACUGGAUACUGGAUACAUCUGGGCCGGUUCUCUACCGUCCAAUUAACGAUGAUAAUUACUGUGAAUAUGUGAACUCGCUCGGUUUAGUUGCUAGUUCUUUUUAUAAUCAUGGAAACGCGUUGAGUUGUUUGUUUGUUUCUUUACUUUGUGUUCAAGAAGCUUCUCAGUACGAUGCAAAUGAUCUCUUCGUCUACAGCAAGAACUAA